AUGUUGCUCACGGGGACGAGCACUGCUUGCAUCCAUCGCCACCACUCCUGUUUGUCUUUCAGAGGAUACGACGGGAAAUCUGAUCUUCAUGUUGGAAUAACCAAUAGCAACGGCGUGGUGUAUCACUACAAUGAAGAGGGCAUCCACAGAGCUGAAAGGGGAUGGGAGCAGUGCAUUAGUAUCCCACUAGUACAGCCAGACAUGUUUGGGCUUCUUCAGCAGUGGGACCAGCUCCUCAAGGAGUUUUCUGUGGGAGAGGCCUGGCUUCCUCACAGGUACCAAGAACAUGACCACAACUGCUACACAUUUGCACUGGCAUUCAUUAACAGCGUACUGACCGCACAAGGAAAACGGCAAAUGACUAAAAGUGAAUUUACAGAGAUGUUUGUGAUCCCACAGAUGAAGAAAGCUUCUAAAUACAUUACUCUGCAUCGGGAGCUAACAGCUAACGAGUUCUAUAUUGCACCCCUUCCUGAACAACAGAAACAGCACUGA